CUGCAUAUAGGCUAACCAAAGCGAAAGAAAGCACUAGAAUAACCUUCAACAAAUCAACUCAGUCCCCUGUUUUCGCUUCAUUAAGAGAGACUGUCUUAUUUUACAUGAGUUAUAGUCUUGUCCAAGAGACCUGAGGUUAGUAAAGUGUUAUUGGCUCGAGAACCGGUCGAAAACGCUUCUGUCCGUUUAAUGAGCUAAUCAUUGAGAUUGAUUUUUAAACCGGUUCAGCAGAUUAAAGAUCCGACUCAAAAGAACGAUUCUUUCACGAAUGGACUAAACCUUCACCAUAGUAGGGUAUAUGUUUCCUUUCCUUUAGGAGUAGGGAUUAUUUCGUUGCUCAUUCGGGAAGGUUUUUUUUUAAUUCCUUUAGAAUGGAGGUCGACUCCGAGUCCGGCUUCGACAGCAGCGGUACUGCCAGAACCAGUAAAAGCUCGAAUAUAGAGAGUUUAGGCUUGUCACACUCAAAGUUGGCUUAUGAUGGGAACUUUAUUCGUUCUGCGUGUGGCAUGUUUAUGGCUGGAGAAAUCGUGUUUGGGCUUCUGGUGUGGACUUUGAUUGGUGGGACGGAGUACCUCCAUGUUCCUGCACUGGGGUGGGUAAUGUUUGUGUCAGUCUUUUGCUGGGUGCUUACUGUCAUUCUCUUCCUCUUAUACCUGACCAUGGCCCACACCAGGAUUCCCCAGAUCCCAUGGACAAUUCUGGGAAUAUGUUUUAAUGGCAGCGCCUCUGUAUUGUACCUGACAGCAGCUGUGAUCAGUGCCGUAUCUUUGAAUGUGGCCAUUAGGGGGCGCUACUACUUCAUCAGCUGGGUUGCAUCAACGAUAUUUGCCUCACUGGCUGUGGUGUGUUAUGCAGGAAAUACAGUUGUGAAUUACAAAUCCUGGAGAUCAAAAUGUGAAGAUACAUAAGCAGAUACAUUUUUUAAUUAUUCCUGAGGUAUUAUUUAUGCAAGUUUAAAGAAUCACAAAACAAGACAAUUUUGCUGUGGUUAUAUAUAGCAUUGUUCUCAUAAGUAAAACUUUAAAUGUUAUGUAAAACUGUACUCAAAUGUCCUCUAUAUUUCUCAUUUGAGUUAUUCUUUAGAAGUUAAUUAUUGAGAAUCCAUAUAAAAUAGCUCCCACCCCCCACACACACACACACACACACACACACACACACACACACACACACACACACACACACACACACACACACAAAUUAGCAUUAAACAAAGAAAAUGAGGUCUGCCUAUGACACUACAAAUUACUCUAAUGAGUCAGUUCUUUUUAGUAAAUUAAUCACAACUAAUCAGUGUAGUUACUGAUUGGUUGUUCAUAUGACAAUGUGUAGUUAAAGAUGCAUGUGUCUUUUUUUUUGUUUGUUUGUUUAGCAUUGCUGUUUAUUAUUAAGGCCAAUUAUUGGAUUGCAUUUAUGUUUCUUCUAAAAAGACUGAAGCCAAGUCCCUUUAAGACAAGUCAUUUCACUCGGCGGCCAUCUUUGAAACGCCUCUCAGGCAUUCAAGUGCAGCUCCUAUCUCUUUGAAUGAUGAAACAUCAAAUUCUCCAAAGCUGU